CCCUGUUCCCACUCACCCAGAGACCUGUGGCUUUGCUGCCCUCUGUGCUGUGGGCUGCAGAGAGAACACAGGCUCUGUCCUCCUCUGACCUCUGUGGGGACUUUGGGGGGCACGGUGAUUUUAUACCUUUGGGUGGGCUUUGUUGUGCUUUUUUUUCCCUCUGCAGAAUGAGUCUGAGCUCUUUGGCAGGACCAUCCGUGUGAACUUGGCCAAACCCAUGCGAAUUAAAGAAGGAUCAUCCAGGCCUGUCUGGUCAGAUGACGAGUGGCUGAAGAAGUUUUCAGGGAAGACUUUGGAGGAGAACAAAGAGGAGGGAGGAACAGAGGCCCCCAAACCAGAGGCACAAGAGGACGAGCCUCCUGCCAAGAAAUCCCGGGUCAACCCUCAGGUUUACAUGGACAUCAAGAUUGGGAACAAACCCGCGGGGCGGCUGCGGAUCCUCCUGCGCUCGGACGUGGUGCCCAUGACCGCAGAGAAUUUCCGCUGCCUCUGCACCCACGAGAAAGGGUUUGGCUUCAAAGGGAGCAGCUUCCACCGCGUCAUCCCCCAGUUCAUGUGCCAGGCCGGCGACUUCACCAACCACAACGGCACCGGAGGCAAAUCCAUCUACGGGAAGAAGUUUGAUGAUGAAAACUUCAUUCUCAAACACACAGGGCCAGGCAUGGUGUCGAUGGCAAACUCUGGCCCAAACACCAAUGGCUCCCAGUUCUUCAUCACCUGUGAUAAAACAGACUGGCUGGAUGGGAAGCACGUGGUGUUCGGGGAGGUGACGGAGGGCAUGGACGUGGUGCGGGAGAUCGAGGCUCAGGGCACCAAAGAUGGGAAGCCGAAGCAGAAGGUGAUCAUCUCGGACUGCGGGGAGUGCCCGUGAGCUCGGCUCUUGGAGGGGCUGGAUGGGGCGAGCCUGGCCAGGAGGGACAGGGAACCAGCUGGAAUGGGACAGCCCAGCAACUCCCCAGCAGCGCCCAGUCCUGGCUUCUGUUGAAAUUCCCCUGCAAAGCUUGGAGGGAAGGUGCCUGAGGGCAGUGCUGAGGGGUCCGACCUUCCCGGGAUAAAUCACUUCCCAGCCCGAGCAGGGCAGGGCUGGUCCUGCUGCCGUGUUCCAGAAAGACUUUAUGUUUGGGAAAAAUAAAAGCUAGUUUUAAAAAUA